CAUCAAUAGUAAAACGAAAUAAAAAUUAAAUGAUAAAAGUGCAUCAAUCAAGCAACUUGAUGAGGCAGGUCCCCAAAAGGUCUACACCACCCCACACCAACAUGAACUCCGAUUAAACCAUUGUCGGAAGGUAGGCGUUGACUGACCGAGUGACCGUCCUCUUGCCCCCUUAGCCAUGGCCAGCUCCAUUUCACACUCUCGCCAAUCUCAUCUCUCUCUCAUCCACUUCACUCUCCUCCUUCUCCUUUUCACACCCUUUUCCCUCUCCACAACUAUAACCCAAGAGCAGGAAGAGAAACAAGAUGAAGCAGAUACCUCAAUCACCCGCUUCCAACGCUACCUCCGAAUCAACACCGCUCACCCCAACCCAGCCUACUCCUCCGCUGUCUCCUACCUCUUCUCCCAAGCCGAAUCCCUCGCCCAUCCUCCCUUCUCCGCCUUCCGCCGCUCCCACGACGGCGCCAUCUUCGCCCGAGGCGCCCAGGAUGACAAGUGCAUCGCUAUGCAGUACCUCGAGGCCAUCCGCAACCUCAAGGCCCGCGGAUUCACCCCCUCAAGAUCCGUCCACGUGUCACUCGUCCCCGACGAAGAGAUUGGAGGUGCCGACGGGGCUGCGAAGUUCGUCGAAUCGAAGGAGUUCGCGGAGUUGAAGGUUGGAUUUGCGCUCGACGAAGGGCAGGCGUCUCCUGGGGAUGAGUACAGGGUGUUCUAUGCCGAUAGAUCGCCGUGGGGGCUGAAGAUUAAGGCGAGGGGGCAACCCGGACACGGGGCCUGGAUGUAUGAUGGGAGCGCCAUGGAGAAUUUGAUGAAGAGCGUUGAGGUUAUCAACAGGUUUAGGGAGAGCCAGUUCGAUGUUGUUAAGACUGGGAAAGCUUUGAAUUCGGAAGUUGUUUCGGUUAAUCCUGUUUAUCUCAAGGCUGGGCUUCAAUCAGAAUCUGGGUUUGUGAUGAAUGUGCAACCUUCAGAAGCAGAGGCUGGUUUUGAUCUCAGGUUGACCCCUACAACGGACCCUGAUGAAAUGAGGAGGAGAAUCGCAUCUGAAUGGGCACCAGUUAUUAGAAAUAUGUCGUAUGAGUUAAUUGAGAAAGGACCCAUUAGAGACUACUUGGGACGGCCAUUAAUGACUGCAAUUAAUGAUUCCAAUCCAUGGUGGUCAGUGUUCAAGCAAGCUAUAACAUCAGCUGGAGGAAAGCUUUCAAAGCCUGAAAUUCUCGCUUCGACUACUGAUGCCCGAUUCCUUAGACAAAAAGGAAUUCCAGUUCUUGGUUUCUCUCCAAUGAGAAACACUCCCAUCUUGCUCCAUGACCACAACGAGCAUCUACGAGAAACAGUGUACUUGAAUGGUAUAGAGGUAUACGAGUCUCUGAUAAGUUCCUUGAGUUUGUUUCCAGAACCAUCACAACCUUAGGAUCUAGCAGUUGUUUCUCAAAUAAGUAGGGGGUUGGGUUGCUUUGCUAAUCUAUAAAAAUAUUCAAGGAUAUGAUAUACUAUGUUCUUUGGAAUAAAUAUCUGAGGCUACUGUUGGUAGUUGAAAUAGGUAACAAAUACAGACUACAAUAUCUGUCUCCCUAUGAAAAUAUAGGAAAUUUGAUACACUAUUUUAUAAACUUGUCUCCAGCUUCAAGACAUUCUUUUUUGUAUGACUCCUAUUUCAGCUACCUAAUGUAGCCUGUGUUUUCUGCCCCAUAAGGCAAUUAAAAGCUAAUAAUAGAGAAGAAAAAGAAGUAAAUCUUAAUUUGUGAUUGA